CAAUUUUUUUUAUUCUAGGCAAAGAACAUUAUUUAUUCAAAGAACAACAAUUAAUUGUCCAUGCUCAACAAUUUAUUCAAAACAUUUUCAAUCGCCUCAACCUAUUCCAAUCUUCUAAACAACUCUACAAUUUUCAACCAGUACUUCAAAACUCCACGUCAGGCUCCCAUAAAAUCAUCCCCCAACUUCAAAUUCAACAAGGAACGAGCUCGGCCAUUUUAA